UGUCUUUGUCCUCGUCGACCGUCUCGUCUUCUGAAGCCGCAGCCCGACUUUUGUGAAUACCAAGCUGUGCACCAAACAAGGAACUACGCCAUGACAGCGCUCGAGAAACCACUCGCCAAUGUGAAAAUCAUCAGCGACGAGAAACGCGGAAACGGGCGCUGGCUGUCCCUGCACGAGGUCAAGUUUACAGAUCCCUCGGGAACAGAACGAGGCUGGGAGGUCUGUCGUCGCAUCUCACCUGGUUCUAAAGAAGGGAGAAUCAACUCUGGACCUUCAAUUGAUGCUGUCGACGUGAUCACGAUCAUCAAGAACAGUCGAGGAGAGGCCACGCACGUCGCUCUCGUUAUCCAGUACCGCCCAGCCAUGGGCACAUAUACCAUUGAGUUCCCCUCGGGUUUGGUGGAUGCAGAAGAACACGUAUCUGAGGCAGCGCUUAGGGAGCUGGAGGAAGAGGUUGGAUUCAGCGUAAAGUACGGCCAUUCCGUCAAGGUCAUCAACACAUUCGAUCCCAUCGCUUACGAGCCUGGGAUAACAAAUUCCUGUUCAUGCGCUGUAGUCGUUGAGGUGGUGAUGGAGCAGGAGCAGCUAUUUGGGCCCAACUCCAUGCGGAACCCCAGUCUCGAGGAAGACGAAUGGAGUCUGCAGGUUGCGAUCCUACCCCUCCAAGGUCUCUUGAAGACGCUGCAAGAACUUCAAUUCUCUGUAGGCGGAUAUUCGAAACUGGUUUUGGACAGCCGCCUGUAUACCUGGGCGCUUGGUCGUGAAUUGGGGUACUAGAGAUUUCAUAAUCUCGAGCUUGGUCAUCUUCACAGUAAACUUCGCCGCAGUCGCAUUUCACCAUCCCGGUCAUACUCAUAACACGCUCAACUGAGCAAUGGUUUUACGUGCAGCUAUGCAGAUGUGCAGAUGAGUUUUAGUGACUAUAAUACAAUAAAU